GUUGUCAGUCGCUAUUAUUGGUUUGUUGUUCCCGUAAAUGUUUUCUCUAUCAGUUUUGGCUAGCUCUUUUACCAGAUUUUUUUAAGUUUUUUUUUCUUCAAAUACUCGGUGUUAAUUUCCUAUUGAAAAUCUUGGUUCAACUAUUCAAGUUAGGUAUCUAAAAGACCUCUCAGUGUAUUUGGUGCCAGUGUGCAAUCACUUUGCGAGGCAUCCUUUUUUCCUGUUUUAACUAAAAUCUUUUCCUGUUGGCCUUGUUAUAAAUUUUUGAAGCAUGUAUUUUAGCCCGAUCUGAAACUUCGAGGUGCUUUACCGUCAAAACAAGUUGUGUAAAUUGUUUCAGAGUCUGUUGUGCAGAAACUUUGUCAGGCUCCUGUACUGCUUGGAAAAAUUUACAUUUUGGUUCAUCGCAUCUGACUAGUUUGUUGGCUUAAUAAAAUCACCACGAGCUAUGCUAGACGAGCAGUUGCAAAUAUAAUUCGUUCAGGUUUUAUUGUGAUUGUCUGGCUUUUGGUUCAUUUGAAGAUCCCUUUUCAAAUUCAUUUUCCAAGAUGAGGCCACAUUACGCUCUUCAUUAACUGAAGAUGAAAUGGCGAUUUAUUUGGUUUCAAAGGUUGGGUUUGGUUUUUACAUGGUCAGCGUGAAUAAAAACUUAUGCGUAAUAAUCCUGUUUUCUCCAAUUGGUGAUUUAUAUGUGAUGGCUAAGGAGUUCUAGAUGAUAAAACAGUGGUUUGGGUUCAGAGAAACACUACAAUGGACCUAGUAUUAGUUCCCAUGUAUCAUCCUUGAGAAUAAGACGAAUAGGAAAGAACAUAAAUGGUUUUUAUUCGACAUUGAUCUAUCUCUUCGACCUCCACAUAUUUAAAAUCAGUUGCCGUGCAGUAAUUCGACAAAAUAAGGGCAACCGCUUCCUCCUUGAAAUUAAAUCUCUUUAAUUCGCCCAUUUGUCAAUUAAGUGAUAAAUACUUGGUCUGGUCAUCUUUUCGUCCUGCGUCAUUGAAUUAUUAUUUUUCAAAAUCAGUAGUGGGCUUAAAAUAAUGGGACUUUCCCAAUCAAGUUGCUGCUUUCACUCCCGCGAGGACGGAGCGGCAAACUUCAAAAGAAGUCAAAAUGGUCGCACCCAAAAUGGGAUGGGAAUGGCGGACCACUAUUUGCCUAUGCGGAAUCAAAAUUUCUCUAGUCAGUCGUCCGGGCAUGGUUUUGUGGACAUAGGGGGUGGUAGAGGUCACCCGGAUGACAAGGGAGGGGGAUACCCGAUGCAGGACCACCUGCUGGCUUCAAAACAGAACUCAUCCCAAAUGAAUUAUUUGCAGCACAUGAGUGAACGGGAGCCAGAAGAGCCGUUUGAAGACCCUUCUGGAGAUCCACAUGUUCAGACUAUUUUCCUGGCGAAGUUCAACGACUUAGCCGGUCGCGACAACCGCAUCUCAAGACGACGCAGUUGUAUGAUGCCGUCGACACAUAUUUCCGGAGCUGGCGACAACUUCACCAAUUUGACAAUGACUUCCAAAAAGUUCAACUCGUGCUCGACGAUAUUUAUUGAUGACAGUACAGUCAGUCAGCCCAAUCUCAAAAACACCAUCAAAUGUGUGGCUCUUGCAGUGUACUACCAUAUCAGGAAUAGGAAUUCCUCGGGGGAUCACCACCACCUCCACCACCAACAGCAGCAGCAGGACAUCAGUCUAGAGAUAUUCAACGAGAAGCUGCAUCCUCUAACUGAUGACUACCUGUCGGACGACUACGGUUUGAGAGAUCCCGAUCACAGAGUCAUCUACAGAUUCCUCAGACUGCUUUUCAGCUCAGCACAACUCACCGCAGAAGUGGCAAUCAUCACACUAAUUUAUUUGGAACGUCUGCUGUACUACGGGGAGAUAGAAAUCAACCCUAUUAGCUGGAAGCGCAUGGUGCUGGGGGCAGUGCUGCUGGCCUCCAAGGUGUGGGACGACCAGGCCGUCUGGAAUGUGGACUACUGCGGAAUCCUCACCAAGCUACAAGUGCACGACAUGAAUGAGCUGGAGCGACAGUACCUGGAGAUGAUCCAGUUCAACAUCAACGUGCCCUCGGGAGUGUACGCCAAGUACUACUUCGACCUGCGCACCCUGGCCGACAAGAACGACUUCGUGUUCGCAGUCGAGCCCCUGGACAAGAACAGAGCUGCCAAACUAGAAGCCACGACACGGAUAUGCGAGAACAAGCUGAAACAAGCCCCGGUGAGUAAGAAGAGCUCGAGCAUGGAGAACCUGUCUAAGCGGACCAACCGACUGAGCACCAUCGUCAUAUCGUGAUCACCCUACGCAACUACACUAGCUAUGAUUCUCUAUUCUCCAAAUCAGAAUCUUUAGAACAAAAUAGUUAAAGUUAUAAAGCGAAUGAUAUAAGUGGGAUGAUGAUAAGUGUCUCAAUUUGAACAACAACCAGUUUCAGUGCUAUGCUACAUGUCUUUAGUUUCCUCUCGUCUUCAAUUUAACUCAUCAGUUUUCGUCGUUGAUUAGAUUCGCUCUUCUAAUUUGAAUCCCAAUCAUUUUCAAUUGAGUUGUUGAGUAAUAUUAAUGAUUAAUUUAUUUUUGAGCCUAAAAUUGGUCGGCCAUGCUUCUAAAUCAUACGGUUAUGUUCAUUACCUGGCUUAAGUAUAAAACA